GGGGCCGAGUUAGUUUCCGUCGAGACAUUGAACCGCGUGGAUGCGAAAAAAUUGAAAGACUUCCUUCCGUUUGGCUGCUUUCCGUUCUGCAACGUGUGUGUGCGCGAGAUUGAACCGGAAACUGCCCCCCAUACCAAAUCCACUUGGGGGGUCAGCAAAACAACAACAACAGAAAUAGCGCCAUGAACGGAAAUGCUGAAUCCUAAACUGCCAGAAGCAGCAGCAAAUUGUGUGAAAAAUCAAAGGCAAACAACAAAACUUCAAAAGCAUUGCCUCUGUGCUGUUGGUGGAAAAAAGUGCGCUUUAGAUUGAAGCAAAUAAUACCCUCGAAAGGCCGUGCUUAAUUGCGAUCAGACAUAAAUUAGGUGAGGAUUUUGGUGGAAAACGCCUGAUUGUAGGCUGAGCAAGGAGCAAAACCUCACCUGGGAGUUGUCGACUUUGGUGGAAUUCGAAUGGAAAACUUCUUUGUUGUGAAUGUGCUGGGAAAUCCGGCAAAAUAAGAAGGCAAACACAAGACACAUCGACCGGAGAACUUUUCGGACCGUGGACCCCGGUUUGCUGUUUUCCCUUCAACCUGUGUGUGAGUGGGAAAGUCGUCGUUUUCCAAGCUCGAGGCACGUGCUCGUUGUGUCUCUCCAAAUAACCCCAAAUCAUGGCCCAGCCAGCUCCUCGAUCGGUGUGGGAUGCGGUGGCCAGUGGAACCGGAGGGCGGUGGACCGUGGGCGUUCUGAUCCUGACACACCUGGUCGCGUACAAUGAAACCGGUGGGCCGGGAACGAUGAUCGGGUUGGCCAUCGGGGCACUGUUUGCUAUCUUUAGUGCUAAGUUAAAUAUUCGUCCUCCUGCAGAUGAUUCAUCGCUGGCUUACAGUCGACUCAACAACCCCACAAAACCGACCAGCGCUCCGCCUACCAUCAAUCACAAAUCGAAAAAAUCCGCAUGGUUCUUCCGAAGACCCUCGGCAGCGGCCUCGAUUGCCCACCACAUGCUACAGGGCAGCGGGCCACGAUCUGGCAACAAUAAAAGCACCAUCCGCGAGGAACACGAACGGGAAUGGUUGCUGCUCGGGGAACCGCCAUCGCCAAAGGCACCGGACAGUCCGCCCUCGGUCGGAACGAUCGAAUCAACGGUCCUCUCCGAUCAGGUAUCUGACAUCGAGUGUAUAGCGUUGGCGAAACCGGAAAACACCGAAAGCGACGAAGACAGCUCGACGGACAUCGAUGCGAUUGUCGAUGAGUACCGGCAGAAGGUGAAGGUUUCGGCCGCAGGUCCGCUGGACGGUAGGACGUUGCGGUUGCCUACGACGGCCAGCUGGCGGAUUACCGUUGCCUUUAUCGUUUUGAUUCUGGUUGGAAGUUUGCUGACGGCUUCCGGUUUGAUGUGUUGGGAGACCAACACGAUUAUUGUAGGAGUUAAUGUGGUAUUUAUUCCGGCUGCAAUUCUGAUGCUGUUCCCUCGAUACGAUCAAACAACGUCGACAACGCCGGCCAUUUUAACAUGUGCGAUUACUUUGCUCGGAUCCACCAUCUUGUUUGCGGCGUCGUUUAUGAAUUCAUGGCCUGCCCUUUUGCUGUGGUUUGUCGCAGGCCUUUUUCUUUUCAUCCGAUGUGACACGUGGUGUUGUCUGUGUUUGGAGCGUCCCUCGUCCGGUUCUCAUCAGAUGUUGAUAGCGAGUGUUGGCAGUGGAACAAAAACGACCAUCCGAGUUCCCCGGCCACCAAAAGGAUCAAUCAUUUCGGCACGCAUUGCUGGCCACAGCUGACAUUCGGACGGGGAAGACAGCACCGAUAGCGAGCUCUUCGAGGAAGAAGACACCGUCGAGGAGUGGACCGACUGAUGGGUGUAGACCGUAUAUGUUUGACCAAAUUAGCGGAGAAAUACUCUUCUAUGGAUCACUUCUUCACUUUCAUAACGUUGCUCUGGAUGUUGAGUGGAUGUUUCACGUUUGAGAUUGUCCCUUGUGCGUCAAUUCAUCCAUGUUACCGAAUUAUGUAUCCCUUAAUGGAAAAAACACCUGUUGACUCUAAUAAGUAUUGCUCCCGGACGAACAUAUAAUGUGUAUGUGAUAAAACAAUAACUCCUUUAAAAGCGUGUGUUUAUCGAACUUGAUAAGAAGAAACAUGUAUUAAUGUGAUACAAACCAUUGUGAGUUAAUGGAGACAUUCCGAUGAAGUAAAUUCAUUUCUGUCAAUUGUUAAAUGAUUCAACAAAAUACGAAAGUUUUAGUUCUGUUUAAUGAGAUAAUUUUCGUUGCAGUGGAAAUUUUUCAACUAAUGGGAAAUACUGCGGCUUUGUCAUUGAACAGAGCUAUUAACUAUAACGAACAGAUUUUUUUAACAGGAUCAGUUCAGUGAUCCUACUUCCAGAUAUGCUUAGAUAUUUUCAAAUAUGCGAAUAGAAUCGAAGCAAAGGCUUGGAAGUAGUAUCAACAAAAAACAGUAUAAUCCAUAAACCACAAGAACAAACACAAAAACAAUCAGAAAAUUAAUAAAAUGAAAAUAUCUACACACAAAAAAAAAAAUCUUAAAGCCUAGGGAUAAAGUAAGCUCAUCGUUAAAGUUAAACGGAAAAAUCGCUCAGUUUAUAAACCAUUUUUAACAUGAAAGCAAUCAAAUAUUGUGGGAAUUUCAAUUAAAUUUUUUAAUCAGUUGUAUUUGUCAGAAAUUAUUCUCCGAAAAUUAAAUUGAAUAAUCAAAGGUUAAAUUUUGUUGAAAUCUGCUUUAAAAUUUUCCAAAGCGUAAACUAUUCAUACCUACAUGAAAUAAAACUAGCCACAAAAAAGAGAAAAGAAUCAGCUGAAGAAAGUCACUGAUAACUAAGACAGUUGUUGAAGAAAGUUAUGCUAAAACACCGAAUCAGUCCGCGAAAAACUGAUGGAAAGCAACAUUUCCAAAGAGAUGGGAGGCCUUUAUUGUAGCAUUUUUAAGCGCGAAGAUCGAUUAGCGUCGCAGAACAGAGAACUAAAGAGUAGUGUAGACUUUAUUUUGAUCUAAACAGAGCUAGUCGCCAGUUUGAAAUUAGAAACAGAUUUUCAAUAUUUAUUCAUCCACAGCUUGAGCUAACUACUAGAGAAAGCAUGAAGGAUACGAAAAAAUAGAGUUGAAACGUUAAGUCUUCUCAAAUCUAAUAUACAAAAAAGCGUUCGAUCAGUGUAUGGUAUAGUUGAUUGGUUGUCAAAUCUUUGUCAUUCGGUCGAAAAAAAGAGAACUACAGAAAAAAAUAUUUUCAUUUAAUUGGCGUCAAUUAUCUUACAAAAAUAAAACAUUUUACUGUUGGAAUGUAUUAUUUGAAUGUUUGGUGGAAGCAACUUACUUACUCAUAAGAACUUUGAAAGUAUUUGAAAAUGAAAAUGUUAAUAAACCAAAGCUACGAACAAGAGAACUCAAUAAAUAUGAAA